UCAUACAAAUAUAUGUCCCCAUUGCUUUCUCCAAGUACUGCUUUCUCCAAGUAAAACACAAAGUUUUGCAAUCCUCGAGUAGUGGCGGCACAGCAGCUGACAUACUAAUUAACUACAUGGGAUCAGCGGAGGAGUACCAGCAGCCGCUACUACUCAGGCUUGAUGACCAGCAGUCUCGGAUUGCUGACUUGUCAUCCACUUCCAUUGAAGAGUUUCUGGGGCAACGGCAGCGGCCUGUUGAACUUCGAUGGUGGUCUAGGCUAGUUGCUUGGGAGUCAAGGCUCCUCUGGACAUUAUCUGGUUCAUCUAUCACCGUUUCCAUAUUCAAUUACAUGCUUAGCUUUGUCACCCUUAUGUUUUGUGGGCAUUUGAAUGCCUUGGAGCUUGCUGGAGCCUCUAUUGCUAGUGUUGGAAUUCAGGGUCUUGCUUAUGGCAUUAUGUUAGGAAUGGCGAGUGCUGUGCAAACUGUUUGUGGGCAAGCAUAUGGAGCCAAACACUUACCAGCAAUGGGAAUUAUAUGCCAAAGGGCAAUCAUCUUGCACUUGGGAGCAGCAGUCCUCCUUACCUUUGUGUAUUGGUGGUCAGGUCCAAUACUUAUAGCCAUAGGCCAAUCAGAAGAAAUAGCAGAGCAGGGCCAAAUCUUUGCAAGGGGCAUAAUCCCUCAACUUUAUGCCUUUGCCAUAAACUGCCCUCAGCAGAGGUUCCUUCAAGCACAGAACAUAGUCAACCCUCUGGCCUACAUAUCUGUUGCAGUUUUCGUACUACACAUUCUUUUCACUUGGGUGGUGGUUUUUGUUGUGGACUAUGGCCUACUGGGGGCUGCUCUUACACUGAGCUUCUCUUGGUGGCUUCUUGUCGUUAUAUAUGGGCUUUAUAUUCGUCUAAGCCCCAGUUGCAAGGAAACUUGGACUGGCUUGUCUUGGAAAGCCUUCAAAGGAAUGUGGCCUUAUUUUAAGCUGACUGUUGCUUCUGCUAUCAUGCUAUGUUUGGAGAUAUGGUACAACCAGGGGUUAACGCUCAUAUCAGGGCUCCUCCCCAAUCCUACAGUUUCACUAGACUCAAUCUCGAUUUCCAUGAACUACUGGAACUUCAGUUUGCAAUUUAUGUUAGGCCUAAGUGCGGCAGCCAGUGUUCGAGUCAGUAACGAGCUAGGGGCUGGUAAUCCAAGAGUGGCCAAAUUUUCGGUGUUUGUAGUGACCGGAACAAGCACCCUGAUUAGUAUAAUAUUCAGUGCAAUUAUAUUGAUAUUCCGAGCAGGAUUGAGCAAGCUAUUUACAAGUGAUCCCGAGGUUGUCAAGGCAGUGUCUGAUUUAACUCCAUUGCUAGCCCUCUCCGUUUUCUUGAAUGGCAUUCAACCUAUACUCUCAGGUGUGGCAAUUGGAAGUGGAUGGCAAGCUGUUGUGGCAUAUGUUAACCUGACUUGUUACUACAUUAUCGGUCUUCCAAUCGGAUGUGUUCUUGGGUUUAAAACCAGUAUGGGAGUGGCAGGAAUUUGGUGGGGGAUGCUUCUUGGAGUUUUUUUACAAACAAUAGCUCUAAUUGUUCUCACCGCCAGAACAAAUUGGGAUGCCGAGGUUGUAAAUGCGGCUGAUCGACUGAAGAGAUCUGCAGAUGCAGAUCACUCAGACUUGGUGGUCUAUGUAUGAGCCCAUGAAAGUGUUCAAACUUCAUUUCAGCGGCGUUUUCAUGUAGAGCAUGUUGGGAUGCAGUUCUGAAGGAUAAAAAUUUGUUAAAAGCUACAAUUUUCUCUAUAGAUGUUUACAUAUCAGUAAUGAAGAAAGUAAGAAAUCAGAGAAUUUAGGAA